GCACCCUCCUCCACAGCCGGGGAAGGAAAGAAUGACAGCAGCGUACUCCAGCCUUCAAGCCAAAGUCAUCCGCGCCACCGCUGCCGUCCGCCUUCGACAUGUCUGACAAAGAGCUCGGCCAAAAGUGGGACCGCUGCCUCGCAGACGGCGCGAUUAAAUUCGGUACCGGUCUGGGUCUAGGAAUUGUGUUCUCCGUUGUGUUCUUCAAGCGCCGGACGUGGCCCAUCGCGUUUGGGACGGGACUGGGUCUGGGCAUGGCUUAUUCCAACUGCCAGAAUGACUUGAGGUCACAUUACGUCCUGCACAGUGAAGUUGCUAAGGAGCAGUAGAGCCUCACCUCAUCAGUUACGGAUUCUGUCAUCUGCCUUGCUUUUCAUAUUCGAAGCCUGACACAAUCAGACUGGUUCGUCAGACUGGUUGUCUUUCUUUCUCCAUUACAUCCAUGUUCAUGUACAGGACAGUCUGUUUAUAUUUAAUAAAAUAUUAAAGGAGAUUGGAAAUUUGCUAA